AUACUUUUAUUUUUUAUUACUUGAUGUGCGGUUUUUCUGUUUACUUUCAUUAUCAAUCAUCUUCCAGCAAAGAUGGAGAUAGACAUAUACCAACAUUGAACCUUGAAAAAUCACUUGAUCUUAUUCAUCAUCGAGGACCUGAUGCAAGAGGAACUUUUGUUUCAACGGAUGGUCGUUGUGGUUUAGGCCAUGUCCGGUUGUCCAUCAUUGAUUUGGAAGGUGGACAACAACCUCUUAGCAAUGUAAACAAUGAUGUUCAUGCUGUAGUUAAUGGGGAACUUUAUGAUCAUGAUCGUCUUAUGAAAGAACUCGAAGAAAAAGGGCAUCACUUCAAGACUCGUAGUGACAGUGAAUUGGCUCUCCAUUUUUAUGAAGACUAUGAUACCGACUUUUUGGAAAACCUACGUGGUGAAUUUGCUAUUGCCAUCUGGGAUGAAAAGAAAAGUAGAUUGAUGAUUGCUCGUGAUCGUUUCGGUAUCAAACCUGUCUAUUAUACUAUUGUCAAUGGUACUUUUUUGGCCGCUAGCGAAAUCAAGGCAUUCUUACCUUUAGGUUGGCAACCAGAAUGGGAUGUUAGUACUAUUAUUCAAGGUGGUGUUACGGGUGAUUACCGUACUUGUUUCAAAGGUGUAUACAAGUUACCACCUGCUCAUUAUUUGACUGUGUCUGCAAGUGGAAGUAUUGUUUGCCAACAAUACUGGGAUGCUGACUACCCUGAUAAGAAUGUACCUGAUACACGUACGGUAGAAGAAAUGAUUCAAGGCGUACAUGAUCGAUUCAUAGAAGCUGUUCGUUUACGAUUACGUGCUGAUGUACCUUUAGCGGUUUAUCUUAGUGGUGGUAUUGAUAGUUCUUCUGUUGUUGGGGUAGCUACUCAUUUAUUACGUCAAGACAAUCCAAAUGCAAAGGUUGAUGUCUUCUCUAUAUCAUUCCCUGGUGGAGAAAAGUUUGAUGAAGGUGACAUCGCCGAAAGAACAGCUGCUUUUUGUGGAUCCAAUUUUCAUAGGGUAUCUGUUUCUGAACAAGAUCUGGUCGAUAACUUUGCAGAAACCAUUUGGCAUACUGAACAGCCUAUUGAAAAUAUGAAUGGUGUUGGGAAAUUCUUAUUAUCAAAACAUUGUUAUGAAUCUGGUUUUAAGGUUGUAAUGACUGGUGAAGGUAGUGAUGAACAUUUUAUUGGUUAUCAAUUCUUUCAUACUGAUUACCUGCGUGAGGCCGACAAGUGUUCACCUGGUGGAUUUGGGACUCCCACAGAAGAACGUCGAAUUCAACUACUCAAGGAACAUACUAGUAAUCCAAUAGUCUUGGGCUUCAAAAUGGAUCCGACCGUGCCAUCGAAAACUGCUAACCGUUGGAACAAUAUUGUGAUGCAAGAUCAUUUUGGUCAAUGGGUAAAUUUGCCUGCUGGUUACUAUCGGGAUGAGAUCAUUCAGAACUAUGGAAUCCCUGAUUUUGGAAACACAUCACUUGAAGCAUUGAAUGCAACUACACGAAGCAAAGCACGAAAGAAAUGGCACCCCGUUCAUGCUAGUUUGUAUUUAGAAAGUCGAACGUUCCUUCCCAAUACCUUAUUGAACGUUCUUGGCGAUCGUAGUGAAAUGGCUCACUCUGUUGAAGCAAGAACUCCUUUUCUGGAUCAUCAUUUGUGUGAAUAUGUUAAUCAUCUUCCUCCUUCUGUUAAGCUUCGUGGGGAUGGCAAAGCAUUGAAUGAAAAGUGGAUAUUGAAAGAAGCAAUGAAACCAUACAUUAGUGAGGAAAUAUACAACCGAACCAAACAUCCCUUCUUGGCUCCUCCUGCUCGUGGUUCUCUUAAAAAAGAAACACCCGUGUCGCAACUUAUAGACAAAUACCUCACCAAAGCAAAAGUGGAUCGAUUAGGCUGGGCAUCCUGGCCUUUUAUUGAACAACAACGCGACACUUUUUUGAAAACGACUGAUCCUUGGAUCUACAAAAAUAUAUUAUUGAUUAUCUCCUACAUAGUGAUUAGCGAACAAUUUGAUAUUGCCCCUACCAUGGAUUAGUGUAGUUUAGG